GUUAGUCGAGCAGGCGAGAUCACUGAAGAGGCGGCAUUUGGACUGGUCUUGAACGCUUCAUGCUUGGAUUACUGUGUUGAUCCCCAUAACGAGGAGCGUUUUGCUUCACUGGUGAAAAUGGCAAAAACCCGUCUUGGUGGAAAAGUUCUAGCUAUUGGAGAUGGCGCUAACGAUGUCUCGAUGAUUCAAUGUGCUGAUGUUGGUGUCGGUUUGUCCGGUCAGGAAGGUAUGCAAGCGGUGAUGGCCAGCGAUUUCGCCAUGGCUCGAUUCCGAUUCCUCGCUAAUCUUCUGCUUGUCCACGGCCACUGGUGUUAUCAGCGACUUGCGCAGACGAUUCUGUACUUCUUCUACAAGAAUGCUAUGUUCGUGUUCACCAUCUUCUGGUAUCAAAUCUUCAACGGCUUCAGUUCACAAGUCCCUAUUGAUCCCAUUUAUCUUAUGGUAUACAACUUGAUCUUUACAUCAGUUCCUGCACUGCUUUAUGGCUGUUUGGAGCAGGAUGCUUCUGCGGAUAUUCUUUUGGAUGUGCCGAAGUUCUACGACCAAGGCCGACUAGGCAAGACGUACAUCGACACGGAUUGCGAUAUGUGGACAUUCGGUGUGGUAAUGUGCGCGCAGCUUCUUUUUGUAAACACCUUCCAUCUUUGCCUUCUCAUGCAGUAUUGGACGUGGCCGAUGUUAUCUGCAAUGGUUUUGUCCGUUCUGUCCUUUUUCAUCUGCGCUCUCCUCUACAAUGGUUUUGUAACGGCCGAUUGGACGUGGACAAGUGUCAAAGAUACUCCGGUGCACAUCGCUCAACACGCGAUGAUCGAUCCGUUAUUUUGGCUGGUAGUUCUACUGUCUAUUGUGUUAUGUCUGGUGCCACGCUUUACGUUGAUUGCCAUCACAAAUACGUUACGACCAUCUCGUGUACUGAAACGACGACAACUAGCUAAUGCUGUCGACAACAAACCACGCCCAUUUACUGCCUUUUCCUGCUGCAUACGGGUACUAUGCAACGAUGAGAUACGUGUAAAUGUGAGUUCAACUUGCAAUCUAGGGUCUGUCAACGACACUCAG